GUGUUGGUUUUGGCAGCCACCCCUGGUUGCCGUAGCAACCGCACGUGAACGGGGGGGUUCAAUCGCACGUUCGAUUGUUUGCGUGAGCUAACGACCAACGCGCAACAACGGCACGGCCGAUAUUAUUGGGGGCUGCCGGUGUAGCAAAGGAGCCGCAUUUUUAUUAUGUGUUGAGCGUUCGUGGAAUAUGGAGCGCCACAUUCGUGCGUGCGUGCGUGCGAGUGAAAAAGCGAGUGUGUUGUGAGUGUGUGUGUGAGAGAGGAAAAUAGAGAGAGAGAGAGAGAGAGAGAGAGAGAGAGAGAGAGAGAGAGAGAGUGAGAGCAUUAAAAUCAUCCUUUUACUAUGGAUUGAAGGAUUGAAGAUACAGAUGCUGAUGAGGUUAUAAUGGCUCGAAUUGCGAACGUAACUGCGCUCUCUCACAGUAAUGGCAAGUAGUGGCCAGGCGUUUUUGUGGUUUUUGCUGUUCUAGUGCCUGCGCUGGUAGGCGCACUAUCGGCAAGUAAAAGCCCUCAUCCCCCUCCGCCUUCUCCCACAAGCCAUAAAGACGCGCGAAUGGUCGCGGUUCGUUGCGGGCCCCGUGGCUAGAGCGUGGCCGUGUGGAAAUGUAAUGUUUAAAGUGAAUUCAUGGACACUGGAAUGUGGCAUUGUUCAUUUGCAUCCAGCUGGGGCACACGGGGAGCGUUUAUGAGUGUGUGUCGAGUCCCUGUGGAACGUUUGCAUAAUGAGUUUCGCGUGUAGUUUGUGAGUUGCGUCGAUACAGUGCUCUGUAUCGACAUAAUACAGUGUUUUGGUAGCAGUUUAGUAUGGUAUAGUGAAACAUUUAGGAACACAAAAACAUGGCGCGAUAGUUGAACAUGUAAACUUCAAGUGAUAGCAGUAAGUUUGAAAGUGUGCUACAGUUUUUUGACAGCCGCAGACAGUAUUGAGAGUGCUCCAAGAAGGCGUUGACACUGCACGGGUACACCUAUGGCAGCGGCACUCAUAAUGGCGCUGCCCACACAUAAGCCUCGCAUCGGUUUCAGCAUCGAGUCGAUCGUCGGAAGCCAGAAGCGGCUGUCGCAAUCGCCUCCACCGCCAUCGCACUGUUCGCCGCACAGCGAGUCGUCCGAGCGGCCCCUGAGUCCACCCGGCGAUGGCAGUCACUUGCCACCGGAAGCGCAUCCCGCGCUGUUCCGAGCGUAUCCGGCGGGAUGUCAUCAGCCUUUACCUCACCAGCGGGCCUAUCUGUUGCAGCGGCAGCAGGAGCAGCAGGCCCGUGAGCUGUUUGCACUGAGGGAAAGAAUAGCGCAAGGAUCGACCGGAACACCACCGCUGGAGUUCCGCGGCGAGCCGGACCGCGCGCGUUGCCAGGACUCCCCGUCAAGCCUUCCCGGCGAGGGAACUCCGAAUCGGUCCGGCUCGUUGCGAAUGAUUGAUUUGAGCAGCAAUUCUAGUCGCAGUUCACCACCACCCGCUACACGGUUGUCUCCCGAGUGUGAAGCGAGUGUUCGGAAUGCUCAUCCGCGAUCACCUCAUCACUCUCCAGCGCCCUGCGCCGCGAGUCCAGCGACGAACAAAGGCCCCAUCAUGGUGCCGGGCAUACCGGCCGGCUUGGUACGCCCGUUUCCGAUGGCACCGAACGGUGACCCGUUGAAGCCGCUGCCCCCGUUUAUGGGCGGAAACAGUGCGGCCGAGCUGGCUGUUCAGGCGGCCCACAACCAGCAGUUUCUGGCCGCCCAGUUCCAGGCGGCGUUGGCCCACGUGCACGGCCAGCACGGUGGGUUCGGCGGUCAUCCGGCCCAUCUGCACAACCAUCCUGCCAACAUGCCGCGCGAAAGUUACCCACUGUAUCCGUGGCUGCUAAGCCGGCACGGUAGAAAUGUGUUUCCACCCCGGUUUCCAGGCAGCUAUUUGCUACCAUUUCGCAAACCCAAGCGAGUCCGGACGGCCUUCUCGCCAUCGCAGCUACUGAAGCUGGAGCAUGCCUUCGAGAACAACCACUACGUGGUUGGAGCGGAACGGAAAUCGUUGGCGCAGUCACUAAGCCUCACAGAAACGCAGGUCAAAGUAUGGUUCCAGAACAGGCGCACCAAACACAAAAGGAUGCAGCAGGAAGAGGACGCCAAAUCGAACGGAGGCAGCGGUGAGGGUGGCCGAGAUGGGCGCCACAGCCCGGGCUAUGAGGAGGACGAUGAGGACGAGCUUAUCGAUAUGGAAAUGGACGAUGAGUGUGGCAGUGAUGAGGACGAGCAGGAGCAUGGAUGAUGGAGUGGAGUAUAGUGAAGCAAAUAUUACUGCGUGUUGACAAUUAAUAGAGCCCGCUCAGCCGAAGAUGGCUGCUGCUGAUAACUGUGUGAGUGUGAGUGCUCUUGGUGAGCACGCUUGUACGUCAGGAUAAUCAACUAAUCCGAUUGUCGAAAUGACUGGUGGUCACAGUUGUAAUGAAAGUUCCUCCCUGUUGUAUUUCGUUGGUAGUUUAGCUUAAUGGAUUUAAUUGAAUUGACUCGUAUGCAGAAGACAAAGGACCUGUAGCGCGUGUCCUACUCAAGGAGUAAAUGUAAACGGAUUUCAUUUGGAACAGUAAAUGGAAGUCUAACAAUAAGUUUGUGUGUAAUUUAGCUGUCAUCUGCAACAUGUUCGUUGAGUCACGCAACAAGUAUGUGCCAAACGAUAGGAUUUUUGUAAAGUUAACCAACGAACCGUUUAGCGAUUUAAGAUGAGGUAGAUAGAUAACAAAGUAACGUAAAUAAAAUAUUAUUUAUUACCAUGA